AUGGAUAAUCAGCAGCGAGAUCCUUCAGCCAAAGGAAUCGAAAGAAAGAUCAUAGAAAAAAACAGGAGAAACCAAAUGAAGAAGCUUUGUUCCGAACUCAACUCUCUUCUCCCAGCUAACAAUAAUCUCAAGGCCUCUUCUCGCUCUCGACCUCUAUCUCUUUUUCUCUCCAUCGAUAUCCUUGGAGAGUCAUCUCGCGCUGACCAAAUAGACGAGGCUAUCUGCUAUAUCAAGAGCCUAGAGACAAAGGUGAAGAUAGCGCAGGAGAAGAAAGAAAGCUUAGUGAAAGGGAAGAGAUCUCGUAGUCAUGACAGUUCCAGUGGUUCUGAAGUACCAAAAAUUGAGAUUCAUCAAAUGGCUUCCUCGCUAAUAAUCAUUCUAAUGUGUGGUUUCAAUGAUCAGUUCAUUUUCACUGAAAUUAUUCGCAUACUGCAUGAAGAGAACAUUGAGGUCAAGAGUGCCCAUUCUUCACGUGCAGGAAACUCAAUGCAACACGUAGUGCACAUAGAAAUUCAGCAAUCAUUUCAAGGAGGAAAAACUGCAUUGAAUGAGAGAUUGAAAAGGUUUGUGCUGGACAAUGAGAACUUUUUAGCUAGGCGCAUAGCUUCCCCCUUUUUUUCCCCUCGUAGUGGUUAA